GUUGCCAAAGGCCGGGCAAGCCUUGGGUUAAUUAUUAUGCAAAUGAGGGGCGUGGCUUAACGCCCCCCACCUCUUUUCUCGCCCUCUGCUGUUUCCUACCGCUAAUUACCCGCCGCCGUCGGUGGGGGUUGGGGGGGGGUCAAGGACAGGUGGGCAGCAGCCUGGCCUCGUCCCCCCCACCCCGUUACAGCGGAUCCCGACCUUGUGCCCCCCCCGCCAAGGCUGGGAACGGCCCAGGUGCGGCUUUUCGCAUGGAGGGGGGGGAGAACGGGACAUCGCGUCCCUUUGCGGUGACAUCUGGUUCCGCUCCCAGGGUUGGUGGUCCCGAGGGGGUGGGGGGGGGGAGUGGGGGGAGGUCAGGCUUGGCCAGCUGGGUCCCUUCCCAGAGGGUUGCACAUCGAGUGGGAGCAAACACGUGGUGGUUCCCCCCAACCCCCCCCCCUCCCCUUUCCCGCAUCCUUGGGAUCGGGUAUAUUUGGGCAGCGGAUGCGGGGAGGGCACGACGGGAUGGCGGCGGUUGUGAUUGCGGUGCUGGCGGCGGUGCUGGCGGUGUGCGGGGCUCAAUGCCCGACCCCGGCCGAUCUGAAACCGGCUAACGGUACGCGGCUCUGCGCUCAGCUCUACACCGAGGACAGCGUUUACUACGAGCGAUGCUGCGCCGGCAGUUCGCUGGCGGUGCCUCCAGGUGCCGACGUUCCCUACAUGCCCACGGGUUGGGCUGGUGAAGUUUCCUCGUUGGUGGUGGGAACACGUUGUGAGCUGACGGUGUGGUCCAGGGCUGGGAAAGAAGGGAACAAAAAGAGCUUCUCGGCAGGAGCUUUCCCGAGGCUGCAGGAGGUUCGAAGGGGGCUCUUCCGGGACUGGAAUGAUGCCAUCAGGUCCUACUACUGCAAGUGCAAUUGAGGAGGGCAACGGGGCUGCUCAGGGCUGCUCCAUGAAGCGUGGGUCAACAUGGGGCAGAACCAGUCAACGUGGGUCAACAUCAGUCAACGUGGGUCAACAUCAGUCAACGUGGGUCAACAUCAGUCAACGUGGGUCAACGUGCACCAACAUGGGGUAACAUCAGUCAACGUGGGUCAACACGGGGCAGAACCAGCCAACGUGGGUCAACAUCGGUCAAUAUGGGUCAACACCAGUCAACGUGGGUCAACAUCAGUCAAUGUGGGUCAACACGGGGCAGAAUCAGUCAACAUGGGUCAACACGGGCUAGAACCAGUCAACGUGGGUCAACGUGAGUCAACAUGGGGCAGAAUCAGUCAAGGUGGGUCAACCCCAGUCAACAUGGGUCAACAUAGGGCAGAACCAGUCAACGUGGGUCAACCCGGGGCAGAACCGGUCAACGUGGGUCAACACCAGUCAACAUGGGUCAACCCAGGGCAGAACCGGUCAAGGUGGGUCAGCCCCAGUCAAUGUGGGUCAACCCGGGGCAGAACCGGUCAACGUGGGUCAACCCGGGGCAGAACCGGUCAACGUGGGUCAACCCCAGUCAACGUGGGUCGACACACCCCAAGAUGAGGUAACAACAGUCAAUGUGGGUCAACAAAGGGCAGCAUUCAUCAACGUGGGUCAACGUGCACCAAGAUGGGAUAAAACAGUUGAUGUGGGUCAACACCAGUCAACGUGGGUCAACACAGGGCAGUGUUUGUGAACGUGGGUCAACAUGAAUCAACGUCAGUCAACACCAGUCAACGUGCACCAACAUAGGGUAAAACAGUCAACGAGGGCCAACACCACUCAACGAGGGCCAACACCACUCAACGAGGGCCAACACCACUCAACGAGGGCCAACACCACUCAACGAGGGCCAACACCACUCAACGAGGGCCAACGUGAGCCAACGUGCACCAAGAUGGGGUGAAACAGUCAACACCAGGCACCGAUCAUCAGCGUGGGUCAACAGCAUUUAACGUGAGUCAACCCUCAUCAAUCUGGGUCAACGCAAGCGAGUGCAGCUCGACGCAGGCUGGGAGGAAUCAGCGUGGGUCAACGUUGGUCACCAGCAGCCACGGCCUCAUCCUGCAGCCCAGCACCUCACGCUGAGUGGAUGCAGAUCACCAACAGCUGUCGCACGCCCAAGUGAGCCCACGUGGACCAACGCGAGGCCCUGAUGUGAGCCAACGCACGCCAACGUGUCUACAGGAUCAGAAUCAGCCCCUGCCUGACCCCACGGACCACAAACAGGUCAGCAGUGAGAGGUGGGCACGUGGCAACGCCAGCCCCCCCCUCCCCCUUCGUGCCCCCGACCCCACACAGCUCUGAGCGCAGCCAAUAAAGCCUUGAGGAUGUGCAGCUCCUGCCUUGCCGCUACUUUAUUUGGGGGGGGGAUGAGGCAGAGGCAGCAGCAGCAGCAGAUUUAGGGUGAUCUCAGGCAGGUCCCCAUAACCACCACCCCACGGUGCCUCCACCACCCUCCCCAAAAACCACAGUGGGACACGGCGCUCUCCAAAAGGACACGUGUAAUCUCCAGGGGGCCCCAUAGCAACCCUGGGGCACUCCAGCACUGUGGCAUUACAAAACGACAAUAUAAAUAGCUUUGUUUAAAAAACAAAACAGAAACAAACGAACAGACAAACAAACAAACAAACAAAAAAAAGUGUUGGGAGGGGGGGGACGGGGGGACCCAGAUCAGUAGUGUGGCCUUGGGGGCUGUAGUGUUGGGGUGGGGAACUGGAUGCGUCCCUCCUGCAGGGCACAGGCAACGGCCCGCCCCUAGGGCCAGAAAAGGAUAGAAAAAGAUUUAAGAGGGGAAAAAUAAUAA